CUCUACCGAGCGGUGGAGGCAGUCUCUAUGGCAACAGGCGGGGUUUGCCGGCGAUGAUCAGUCCCCCUCACUUGGCAUCCACUCUCCAGACCUCCACAAUACUGCGUCACACCCUGACUGGAAUGGAAGACAAGGACAAGAAAGGAAAUGAGGAGUACAUCGGAGAGAUAAAGGGCGGUCUGCGGCCUUCCAUGAAGCUGGUCGUGAUGGGGAUUGUUGACAAGAAACCCAAGAGUAUUGAGGUGGUGGUGUCCAGCGCACCUCAGCAGAAGGAAUCGGCGGAGGAGGAGGAGCAAGUGGAAGCGGAGUCAGAAGGCGACGUGGGUCUCCAGUUGAAGGUCAGCUUCAUGGACAAAGCUGUCCAACGCAACGCGCGGCUAGCAGGAAAGUGGGGUCCCGCCGAAAACACGCUCUCCUUCUUCCCCUUUGCGCCCGGAGAGCCUUUUAAGAUGGAGAUCGUAUGCGAGCACCAGCAGUUCCGCAUCUUAGUGGACGGUCAACCUCUGUGCGGCUUCACCCAUCGCCUCCCGCGGCUCGCCAGCCUGACGGCGUUACGUGUCUUCGGGGACGUCCAACUCACCAAGGUGGCUUAACGCCACCGUCGUAACAACAGAUGUUUGGAGACAGUGUAUCUGGAUAAAAUAGAUCAAGGAUUGUGUUUUGUCAAACCGUAGUUGUCACACGUGCCUUCACUAACGUGCUGGCUGAAUGUAGCGAUCGUCAAUGUCUUAAAGACCAACACAAGAAUGUGAACUGGAGCCACUGUUGGUACAAAUUGCAAUAUUUUCUGCUCUGAGGAUUUUUGCGCUCACACAAAAAGCUAAUUAUGAAACCUGUCCAGUUGCGUUUUUAUCAAUGGUUUGUUAAUAAUGAGAUAGUUGUAUUUUUUUUUCUUCAAAGUCAUGGGGCUUACUUUCUUUUGAGAAAACACACGCAAUCAAAGACCAAUUCAAUUUUUUUCUUUAUACUUCUGACUGUCCAGUUUUAAUAUUUGCUUUCCUUUAAAAGUGUGGCCCAAAAUGUUUGUUUUCUUACGCAGGAAGGACCCACUUCAUUCAUGAUCUGUAUUAAAUAUAAAACACACAAAGAGAUGCCACCGCUGGACUGAUCUUCACUGAUGAUAAAAGUACUGCACUGUACUCCUGUAGUGCAGUGGUUCUCAAACUAUUGACACCAAGUGUCACCCACAA